CGCAUAGGCUACGUUGCUGCAGCUGGAUCGAUUGUUAUUGAAACAUGAGUUAGCUAUCAAUGCAAUUUAAUAAGGCUAAUGAAGGCUAUAUUAUAAAUGUUUUAUUUAAACCGCAAACAUAGAGUUGAAUCAGAUCUGUAGCCUGAUGUCAGGACUGAACUCUUAAGGGGGAGGAGAAUAUGCGUGAGGACCAAAUACUUAAACACGAAUUACUUUCACAUUUAAAGAGUGAAACAUAUUGUUCAGAGCUGAGACAACACUGAAGACUGAAUCCACUGCUGUAUAAAAUGGCCGAAAACUUUAAAAAACUCACUUUAUCCGACACAGACAUCAAAGUGGUGCAAAAACCCAGCGAUCUCGAUGUGUUCGACGAUGACCCUGAGGUUGUAAGAGUUCAGCUGUCCUGCGAUCAUGUCGCAGAUCCGAUGUCACUGACAGAUUGUUGCAAAGUUCAACUGUUAAAUGGAGAAAUGGUGUUUAAGUGUCCACUGUGUGAGAAAGAAUGGCCAUAUGAGGAAGUCCGCAAAUCAGCCAAACUCACAAAUGAUGAGCGAAUAGGUUUUGAGGAUGUGCUUGGAACAAAUGCAGCUAAGAAGUUAGUUGACAUAAAGGAUUGUCCCGGCUGUGGCACUAUUAUACAGAGGGUGCACACCACCAAUCUCGCCGUAGAGUGCUUAGUUUGCACAAAACAGACCGGGAAAAUCUAUGAAUUCUGCUGGCAGUGUCAGAGAGAGUGGAAAGGCCCUCGACCUCGUAAGGAUCAGUGCGAUAAUGUAGGUUGCAACAUCAAGGACCAGGAAUUACUUAAAGACUGUUCAAUGGUUACUUUAAAAUCUGUGCAAAAUGUCCAGUGUCCAGCGAUUCGUGCCUGCCCAUUUUGUGGUGUGCUCAUUGAACACCUGAAGGUGGGAUGUAAAAUCAUGACAUGUAAGAAAUGUCACAAAGAUUUUUGCUUUGUCUGUCUUAAACCCUCUAAAGAGUGCCUUGAAACAUCUACUCAUUUCGUGUUGUGCUCAGAUGGAGUCGCACCAAAGCAAGUAGAAGCAAUCAUAGGAGACUAAGGCUGGGCAAUAUGGCUAUAAAAAUAUAUCUAAAAGUUUUUCAGCUCAUUAAUAAUAUUUUUAUAUAUCUUGAUAAUCGUGUAUUUGCUCUGAAAUGGCAAUGCUUUUUUUAUCAGAGAAACCAUAAUUUCAACCAAACUUCCUUUCAAACUGGGUUCAAAUUGUGUGAUAUAAUGUGAUAAUGUGUGAAAAAUCUAAUUGAAAAUAAUGAUUGAUUGAUUGAUUAAUAAAUGAGUGCUUAAAACAGUUAUAUAUCACAAGGAAUAAUCUUGAUUUCAUUAAAAUGCACCAAUAAAACUAAAUAGUAUCAAUUUUUUUUCCCUGUGAGUAAACAGGAUUAAAUAUUAUAAGACAAUGUAAUAGUGAAUUAUUAGUCAAGUGUAGUCCCCUUUAUUUAUAUAGUGCUUUUAGAAAUACAGCUGUU